AUGGCAGAAAUGGCCAUGUAUUACGCCCUUGGGGCUGAUGAGCCGGAUGCGAACGACCCAAACCCUCCUGUAUCUCAGCAGCAGCAGCAGCAGCAGCAAUUCCGGCCUGCUGUAGCUCCCCCUCCAACUGGCUACCAGCAAACCGGCGGCUCUCCAUAUCAGCAGCCAUCUUAUGGCCAAGCUCCUGGACAGGUAGCGUCUCCCUACCAACCACAAGGACCAUAUGGUCAGGCGCCUUACGGUCAAGCUCCACCUACAUCUGCCUCCCCAUAUCAACCACAAACUGGAUAUGGACCUCCCCCGCAACAAUCCAGCUUCUAUGGGGCCUCUGGAGGGGAUAUUGGUGGCUUGACGGGAUCAAUGUCUGGUAUGGAUCUUGCCGGGGGUGUCGGAGCUACUCCGGGGACCAUCUCUAAAGCUUCUCGGAAGAAGGCAAGAGCAUACCACGAUCUUGGGCAGGCCUCAGAAUCAGUACCUGGCGGCACUCUACCCCCAUAUUCGCCGGGGGUUACAUCCCAUGUCCCUUCCCAAUUUCUUGGCCAGCAACCAAUGCAAUCUCCAGGCUUCGGGGGCAAUUCGCAAUUCCCAGUUCCCGCGAAUCAGCCAUAUUCUCCAGCUACAGGAACUAAUCCCGCAGCAUUCGCCGCCCGUCCAGCUCAAGCGGCUUCUGUCAAUCAGCAAGGUGGUAAAAUCGAUCCAAACUCGAUUCCAUCAGUUCCACUCUCACGUGACUUUGCUACGACACAUUAUAAGACAGCAGUCUACUCGACACUUGAUAAACAGGCACCACCAAAUGCCAAUUCCGAUUUCAUUGUCCAUGACCAGGGCAAUGCAUCUCCUAAAUUCUGCAGGUUGACUUUAAACUCAAUCCCUGCAACUACAGAACUUUUGGGAUCGACGUCCUUGCCAUUGGCACUUUUAAUACAGCCGCUAGCGAAACAGAAGGAGGAAGAGAGCCCAAUACCCGUUCUAGAUUUUGGGGAGAUGGGACCUCCACGGUGCAGACGUUGUAGGACUUAUAUCAACCCUUUCAUGAUAUUUUUGCAGGGUGGAGCAAAGUUCCAGUGCAACAUGUGUCUUUUCCCCAACAACGAGGUGCCUAACGAAUACUACUCUCCUGUAGAUAUGACUGGUACUAGGAUUGAUCGUAUGCAAAGACCAGAAUUGAUUAAUGGGACAGUGGAAUUCGUAGUUCCGAAAGAGUACUGGGCGAAGAAAGAGGGCGAGGGAGCAGGUGGCGAAGAAGGAAAAGGUGGAUCACCAAUGAGAUAUCUAUUUUUAGUGGAUGUGGGUGAAAAUGCAGUGAAUAAGGGUGUCUUGGAGAGCGUCGUUGGUGGCAUUAGAGAAACUCUCUAUGGGGAAAGUGCCUAUGUGUCAUGUCUAGAAGGGCAAGAAUCAGAAGAUGAAAAGGAAGGAAAGAGAAGGAGAUUACCUAAAGGGUGUAAGAUCGGGAUUUGUACGUUUGACAAGGAUGUGCAAUUCUACAACUUGAACUCGAAUUUGGACCAAGCCCAAAUGUUAGUUAUGACUGACAUUGAGGAUCCUUUUGUUCCUUUGAGUGAGGGGUUAUUCGUUGAUCCUUACGAAUCGAGAACUGCCAUUGAAUCACUCCUAACAGCCCUCCCGGAACUCUUCCUGAAUAUCAAGAACCCCGAACCAGCUCUUCUGCCUGCCUUGACUGCUGCCCUUUCAGCCCUUGAGAAGACUGGCGGAAAGAUCAUCUGCUCUCUCGCUACGUUGCCGACAUGGGGUCCUAAUCGUCUCCACCUCCGCGAGGACUCGAAGCUCUACAACACGGAUAAGGAAAAAGCACUGUUUCAAACGGAACAUCCUGCAUGGCGCAAGAUAGCCGGGAAAAUGGUCGAAGCUGGGGUAGGCGUAGAUUUCUUCCUGACGCCAAGUGCCUAUAUCGAUGUUGCAACAGUCGGUCAUAUUUCAGCUACUACUGGUGGAGAAACGUUCUUCUAUCCAAAUUUUGUUGCGACUCGUGAUGCUUUCAAGCUCCGUUCCGAGAUUUCUCAUAGUUUCCAUAGGGAGACUGGGUACCAAGCCCUGAUGAAAGUACGUUGCUCCAACGGUCUUCAAGUCUCGAGCUAUCAUGGAAACUUCCUACAGCACAGUCACGCCGGUGAUGUUGAGUUUGGAACUAUCGACGCAGAUAAAUGUAUCUCGGUCAUGUUUAGCUAUGACGGGAAAUUGGAUUCUAAGGUUGAUGCACAUUUCCAAAGCGCCUUGCUAUACACAACCAAGGAGGGCGAGAGGAGGGUUAGAUGCAGUAAUGUGGUAGCUGCUGUUACCGAGCAGGGCCGAGAUGCUGUAAGGUGGGCGGAUCAGGAUGCGGUAUUGGGAGUGCUCGCCCGAGAAGCUGCUAGCAGGAUGACUGAGAAGCCAUUGAAGGAGAUUAGAGGUGCACUUACGGAAAAGUGCGUAGAAAUCUUGGCAGCCUAUAGGAAGAAUUUCAGCGCGAGUGGUAAUCCCCCAGGCCAGUUGGUAUUACCAGAAGGUCUGAAAGAGUUCGGGAUGUAUGUAUUAGCUUUGCUCAAGUGCAGGGCCUUCAGGGGAGGGAAUGUGGCGAGUGACAUGAGAGUUCACUCAAUGAGGCUUUUGAAGAGCAUGGGCCCUAGCGAGUUACAGCUAUAUCUAUAUCCUAGGAUUCUUCCAGUUCAUAGCAUGGCUGAAGAGGAUGGCUUUCCCGAUGAGACCGGUCACCUCAAAAUCCCAGCCGCAGUUCGUGCUUCUUAUGGCUUCAUCGAAGAAGGUGGCUGUUAUAUUGUUGACAAUGGUCAAUUACUUCUUCUUUGGAUCCACGGUCAGGUCUCACCAAACCUCUUGCAAGACCUCUUCGGGCCUGAUAUCACCUCUCUCUCUGCUCUUGAUCCGAACCUUUAUGAGCUACCCACCCUAGAAUCACACCUCAACGCACAAGUCCGCAAUAUUCUACAAUACCUCAAAUCGCAACGCGGAAGCAAGGCAAUAUCUGUCCAGCUCGCUAGACAAGGAUUAGACGGCGCUGAGUAUGAAUUUGCUGGGAACUUAGUUGAGGACAGAAACAACGAGGAGAGGAGCUAUGUGGAUUGGCUGGUACAUAUUCAUAAGUUUAUUCAACUAGAGGUUACUGGACAGAGGAGGAAGGAACAAGGGGAUGUUGCAUCUGGAGGCGGAAUCGCGGGACUAAGGCCUCCUUAUUGGUAA